CCGGGAGCGGAAGCGGCGGGGCCCGGCCCGGCCCGGCUUCCCCGGCCCCCGGCUGGCUAUGCCGGCCAUGGGCUGGCUGCGGGCGGCCGGGCAGCGGCUGCGGCAGCGGGCGCGGGGUGCCGAGGUGCUGCGGGAGACCUGCCGGCAGUACCCGCUCUUCUGCUGCCUCCUCCUGGGGCUGGGAGCCGCCACCCUCCUCCUCAACCGGUAUCUGCACGUUUUAAUGAUCUUCUGGUCGUUUGUGGCCGGCGUUGUCACCUUCUACUGCUCGCUGGGGCCGGAUUCCCUCUUGCCCAAUAUUCUUUUUACAAUAAAAUACAAGCCCAAGCAGUUAGAAUUGCCGGAGCUAUUUCCCCAUGGUCACAGUUGUGCUGUAUGUGGCAAGGUCAAAUGCAAGAGACACAGACCUACUUUGCUUCUGGAGAACUAUCAGCCAUGGCUGGAUCUGAAAGUGCCUUCCAAGGUUGAUGCAUCACUCUCGGAGGUGCUUGAGUUGGUGCUGGAAAACUUUAUUUAUCCAUGGUACAGAAAUAUUACUGAUGAUGAAUCCUCAGUGGAUGAACUGAGAGGCACGCUGCGUUUUUUUGCAUCUGUAUUAGUUCGGAGAAUUCACAAGGUGGAUAUUCCAACUGUUGUAACAAAGAAAAUGCUUAAGGCAGCAAUGAAACACAUCGAAGUGAUAGCCAAGGCCAGGCAGAAAGUAAAAAAUGCAGAAUUUUUACAGCAAGCUGCUUUAGAAGAAUAUGGACCAGAACUCCAUGUUGCUUUGAGAAGCCGAAGAGAUGAACUUCACUACUUAAGAAAACUUACUGAACUUCUUUUUCCUUAUAUUUUGCCCCCAAAGUCAACAGAGUGCAGAUCCCUUGCUCUUCUGAUAAGAGAGAUUCUGCCUGGUUCUGUUUUCCUUCCCUCAAUGGAUUUCUUAGCUGAUCCUAACACUGUCAACCAUUUGCUGCUGAUCUUCAUUGAUGAUAGUCCACCUGAGAAAGCAACUGAACCUACUUCUUCACUGGUUCCAUUCCUUCAGAAAUUUGCAGAGCCAAGAAAUAAAAAACCAUCUGUCCUGAAACUGGAGCUAAAGGAGAUCAGAGAUCAGCAAGACCUUUUAUUUCGGUUUAUGAACUUCCUGAAACAGGAAGGGGCAGUCCAUGUGCUGCAGUUCUGCCUGACUGUAGAGGAAUUCAAUGACCGAAUUUUGCGACCAGAACUAUCGGAUACUGAAAAGAUGUCUCUUCAUGAGGAAGUACAGAAAAUUUACAAAACUUAUUGUUUGGAUGAAAGCAUUGACAAAAUCAGAUUUGACCCUUUUAUUGUGGAAGAGAUUCAAAGGAUUGCUGAAGGUCCGUAUAUGGAUGUUGUGAAACUUCAAACUAUGAGGUGUCUUUUUGAAGCUUAUGAGCAUGUACUAUCUCUACUUGAGAAUGUUUUUACUCCUAUGUUCUGUCACAGUGAUGAGUACUUCAGACACCUUUUAAGAGGAGCAGAGUCACCAACACGCAAUUCAAAGUUUAACAGAAGUAGCCUGAGUUUGGAUGACUUCCGGACCACACAGAAGAGAGGGGAAUCAUUUGGAAUCAGCAGAAUAGGCAACAAAAUAAAAGGUGUAUUCAAGAGUUCUGCAAUGGAAGGAGCUAUGUUGCCUAACUAUAACUUAAAUGAAGGUGAAGAUGACUUUAUUGAAGAAGGCGUUAUGGUGAUGGAAGAUGAUUCUCCUGAGGAGGCUGUUAGUACCCCAAAUACACCUCGCAACCUUGCCGCAUGGAAAAUUAGCAUCCCAUAUGUAGAUUUUUUUGACGAUCCCUCCUUGGAAAGAAAAGAAAGAAAGGAGAGAAUUCCUGUGUUCUGCAUUGAUGUAGAGAGAAAUGAUAGAAGGGCAGUUGGGCAUGAACCUGAACACUGGUCUGUCUACAGGCGGUAUCUUGAAUUUUACGUGCUUGAGUCGAAGCUAACAGAAUUUCACGGCACGUUUCCUGAUGCUCAGCUUCCCUCAAAGAGAAUCAUUGGCCCCAAGAACUACGAGUUCUUAAAAUCUAAGAGAGAGGAGUUUCAGGAAUAUCUGCAGAAACUUCUGCAACAUCCAGAAUUAAGUAACAGCCAGCUUUUAGCUGACUUCCUGUCCCCUAAUGGAGGAGAGACUCAGUUUCUUGAUAAAAUGUUGCCUGAUGUGAAUCUUGGUAAAAUUAUAAAAUCUGUUCCAGGAAAGCUGAUGAAAGAGAAAGGUCAGCAUUUGGAGCCAUUCAUCAUGAAUUUUAUCAACUCCUGUGAAUCUCCCAAGCCUAAACCAAGUAGGCCUGAACUUACCAUUUUGAGUCCCACUUCUGAAAACAACAAGAAGCUUUUCAAUGAUUUAUUCAAGAAUAAUGCAAACCGGUCUGAGAAUACAGAAAGACGACAAAAUCAGAACUACUUCAUGGAAGUGAUGACUGUAGAAGGAGUCUAUGACUACUUAAUGUAUGUUGGUAGGGUAGUUUUUCACAUUCCUGACUGGCUGCAUCAUCUCUUGAUGGGAGGAAGAAUUCUCUUCAAAAACACAUUGGAACUGUACACAGACUAUUACUUGCAUUAUAAGUUAGAACAGCUAUUUCAGGAGCACCGGUUGGUUUCUCUGAUAACACUGCUGCGAGAUGCUGUGUUCUGUGAGAACACUGAACCUCGCUCUCUCCAGGAUAAACAGAAGCGAGCAAAGCAGACUUUUGAAGAAAUGAUGAGAUACAUUCCAGACUUAAUAGGCAAGUGCAUUGGGGAAGAGGCUAAAUAUGAAGGCAUCAGGCUUCUGUUUGAUGGAAUGCAGCAACCAGUGCUCAACAAACAGUUAACUUAUGUUCUGCUGGACAUCGGGAUUCAAGAACUCUUUCCAGAGCUCAGUAAGAGUGCAAGGCUGCAGGCGACACAAAACUGGGAGGAGUGGCCGAUACACCAGAGGGUUGUGCAUACAUCCAGAGGGACCUCGACAGGCUGGAGAAGUGGGCUGACAGGAACCUCAUGAACUUCAACAAAGGGAAGUGCGAAGUCCUGCUCCUGGGGAGGAACAGCACAGCUGGAAAGCAGCUUGGCAGAAAAGGACCUGGGGGUCCUGGUGGUCACCGAGUUGAUCAUGAGCUGGCAAUGUGCCCUUGCUGCAAAGGCGGCGAAUGAAUGGUGUCCUGGGCUGCAUGAGGAGGAGUGUUGCCAGCAGGUCGAGGGAGGUGAUGCUGCCCCUCUACUCCGCGCUGGUGAGGCCACACCAGGAGUGCUGGGUCCAGGUCUGGGCUCCCCAGUACAAGAGAGACAUGGACAUAGUGGAGAGAGUCCGGCCAAGGGCCACAAAGAUGAUGAAGGGACUGGAGCAUCUCUCCUAUGAGGAAAGGCUGAGAGAGCUGGGACUGUUCAGCCUGGAGAAGGGAAGGCUCAGGGGGAUCUCAUCAAUGUUUACAAACAUCUGAAGAGAGGGUGCAAAGAGGACGGAGCCAGGCUCUUUUCAGUGGUGCCCAGUGACAGGACCAGAGGCAGUGGGCACAAAGUGAAACACGCGAGGUUCCCUCUGAGCAUCGGGAAACACUUUUUUACUGUGAGGGUGACCGAGCACUGGCACAGGUUGCCCAGGGAGGCUGUGGAGCGUCCAUCCUUGGAGAUGUUCAAAAGCCAUCUGGGUAUGGUCCUGGGCAACCAGCUCUAGGUGGCCUUGCUUGAGCUUUGGACCAGAUGACCUCCAGAGGCACCUUCCAACCCCAACCAUGCUGUGAUUCCGUAACAGCGUGUACAUUUAAUGGGGUGAAAUAUUUUUUCUUCGAAAACAAAUCAAGAUUUGUUAUUUAAUUUAAAUCCAGAUUAUGGUUUGUACAACUUCUUAAUCCAUCCUUUUGUUCCAUGUAACUGUGACACUGCCUGACCACCUGCUGAGGAGCGACCUCCAGUGCUACCUUUGGUCCUGGUGAAACAGCAGAGUUGAGGGCUGGCUCCCCCCCGUCCCCUGUGACUGAAGCUGAUGGGAACAGAGUGAGGGAAUUCUCUGGCCCAGAUUUCAGUAGAGAAAAGGAACAGAAAAUACUCCAUCCAGGAACUUCAGCUAUUUUCCUACCUUGGAUCUACUGAGAGUCAUACAAAAGAAAGUACUGCUUCUGUGAUGUUUGACAGUGGGACCUGGUCAUGAGUGUCCUAGGUCUGUGAUGGACUGAGUGAGGCAGCUGAGGAGGGAUCACAAUGAGAAGGGAAAUGCAAGGUGGAGAGGGUAUGGGUGGAGGGCAGUGGUUCUCAUCUGGAGCUCUAAAAAAAAAAAAAAAAAAAAUCUAAAAAAUUCCCCCAAAUCAUUGCAAACUGACUGUGAAGCCACUUGAGAAGAGAAUUGUUUCCUCCAAACAAUUGUAAUGGGGAAACUUAAAAAUAAUGACUGGUUCUUGCUUAGUUACCAGUUUUACUGGGGGGAGGAGGAAAUCACUCCAGUGACUGUUCUCUCUGUUCAACAGAGACUGGUCCUUUUUGAGUUGCUUGAUACCAAAAUGCAUUUGUAGUUACAGUGAAGAACAGAAAAAUAUUUCAGGUCAGUCAGCACUUGAAGGGAAAACUGAGCAUCCUGGAAGUUUUGUUUUGAACGCUGUUCCUUUGGCAGGGGAAACAGCGAUGGGAGAAAUGGGAAAAUUUUAAUUAGCGGGGAUGUCAGUCUGCUCCCCACUCUUGAGAUCUGGUAACUUGAAUGUAUAUCCUGCUACACGUACCAGUCGGAUAUAUACUGGAUCACUUGAUAUAUGCUGUGUUUAAUGGUAGCGUGCGUAAAUGAACAAGCUCUAAGGAUAAUAGCUGAAAAAUGCCUAUUAUGAAUUUUGCCUUUGAUACACUGUACAGCCAGUCCCUUGGAAGUCUGUCAGACAGGAUACAAGUAAAAGGGGCAGCUGGGAGAGGAGAAACAUUCCUAGCAGAGGAAGGAAAGAAAUCCAGUUGAAAAAAUAGCAUGCCAGUGCCAUUUCCAGAGCAGAAAAUUGCUGUGUUAAGAAAACUGUAUUCAGCAGUUAGGAAUGGGGGAGGUGAGAACUUCCAGAGAGAGAAGAAAAUACCUAUUUUGAGAAAGGGUAUUAAAAACCUGAAGGCAGUAGCCUUCAUUUCUCUUAACUCUGGUUUCAAGUGGAUGUUUUCAAAUACCAUUAAUCAUUGCAGCUCGGUUCAGUCAUUUAUAUGUAAAUAUGCAUUUUCAAACUUCGUUUUUUUUUUUUCUCCCAUU